AUGGAUCUUGCCAACACACUCAUCCGGAGUGUAGUGCGUGCGUUCUAUGAAACGCGCCACAUCCUAGUUGUCGAUGCACUAUUCCUCCACUCGGUCCUCCAUGCGGAGGACCUUGCUUUCCUCAUGGGAAUGCAGCAAAAGGAUUUGCGCAAACUGUGUGCCCGAUUACGGGAAGACCGCUUGAUUGGCGUGAGCACCCGCGCCGAGAUUCGUGAUGGUUCUACUCGCCCCGUCAAUCGCGAAUACUACUAUAUCCCUCUCCACCCCGUGAUUGACGCCAUCAAGUACAAGGUCUCGAAAUUGACGUCAACGAUCAAAGCACAAUAUACACCAAGCGAAGAACGCAAGGAAUAUAUCUGCCCACGAUGCAAUACUGAAUGGACAGAACUGGAUGUGUUGAGUCUCGUGUCCGAGGAAGGGUUUGAAUGCCAAAACUGUGGUGCCAUCUUGGAACGUACCGAGGAUGUGAAGGGUGAGGAGGGCAUUGAGCGAACAGGGCAUGAAAAGAAUAGCAAACUUAUGGCUCAACUUGACAAGAUGCUUAAAUUACUCAAGCAGAUUGACUCGGUGGAGAUCCCGCCGAAUGACUUCGACACGGCAUGGGAUCAUAAGGUCGAAGUACCCCGAAACCACCAGACACAUCCCAUCCGCGCGGCCAUUCCAGUUCCGCCAAAGGCUCAGGAUGUUAUUCGCGGAACCGUGAAGACGGAUGCCGCGGCCCUCGAGAUCUCGCUGACAUCCAGCGAAGAGAAGAGUGCUGCCGAGCAGGCCGAAGAAGUCGCUCGUAAAGCAGCUGUGGAGAAGCAAAAUGCUCUCCCUGUCUGGCACACACACUCUACUGUCAACGCCGCCGCCGUGGGCACUUCACAGGUUAAAAAUGAGGCUGGUCUCCCUAUCAAGUCGGAGCUUGGGGAUGAGGACCAAAAGCCCAGCCUGGACGCACUGGAUGACAAAGUCGCAGCGUAUUACGCGGAAAUGGAACGAGAGAAGGCCCUUCAAGCACAAGAAGAUGCCAGCAGUGCCGAGGAUGAUUCGGACGAUGAGGACGAUGAAUUCGAGGAUGUUGGUGGGAUAUCUGGCCCCAGUGGUCCUGGUACCCCGCUCACAGCUUCCGGGCCUACAAGCUUCCCUUCCUCGGGACUGGUUGGGAUCAAGCGAGAGCAUGAUACUGCAUCUAGUGCUGCUCCCUCUUCAGUUGGUACUCCGUCGACUCCAGUCGAUGACGGUCCUGCUAUGAAGAAGAUCAAGGUUGAACCUGGCAUUAGUGUCCAGUCGGCCAUCAAACCAGAUCCUGAUGCGGCGGCUGAGCCCGGUGUGAAAAAUGAAGAAGAAUCCGAUGAGGAUGAUGAGGAGUUUGAGGAUGUAUGA